AUGAGCGUCAACAGCCAGGUAACAACACAUAUUCUAGACACCAGCUCAGGUAGACCAGCUAGAGAUGUAGCAAUUGAGCUAUUCACCGGACAAGAAAACGACGACUACAAGAGUACGACAAACGAGAAAGGACGUUGCGAGGAUAUCAUACCUAAUCGCUCAUUAUCAAAAGGCAAGUACCAGCUGAGAUUUCAUACUGGUGAAUACUGGGAGAAGCAAGGUAUAAGACCAUUUCAUCCAAUUAUCGACGUACAUUUUGAGAUUUACGACGAGAGUGAACAUUAUCAUAUUCCUUUGCUUAUCACGCCAGCAAGUUAUACAACCUAUAGAGGUUCAUAAUUUAGCAAUAAUACAUAUGUUCAUUUAACAAAUUUGAGAAUCCUUUCGAAAAUUUAAAUUCGCCAUUAGAAAUAU